AUGGCGGAAGCGAACAUGAAGCUGCGCUGCGGUGUGUACGGCGAAGGGAGCGUCUUCUCCGUUGAAAUCACGCUCGAUGCAAAAGUGAGCGCUUUGCAGGCGAAGAUCGCUGGUAUCUUGAGCACCGAGCAGCACACUGUUCCUCCGCGGUUAUUGACUCUGUACUUGGCGAGGAAGAAGGGGGAAACCACGUGGAUGAAGCACGACCACACGGUGAUAGACUUCUUGCGAAGUGGUACCAGCACCGAGUAUGAAGAGAUGCGUUCGUCUUCGAGGCUCAAAAAGAAGGAGUUGCUUGGAUCGAGUUUCACGCCCGGAGAUGAAGAGAUUCAGGUGCUGGUGGCACUUCCUCCUGAUCAAGCUGCGGUGACGAUGGUUGACCGAGGCUGGACAGCCAAGUGGGUGAACGAGUUCCGCAAGAAUCAGCUCGCACCACAUCAGCUUCCUCGUUUGGGUGAGCUUGCAGAUUUUAUUGAUAACGAACUACCGGGAAAAAUCACGUUGCAUCAAGAGAUUUACGACACCUGGAUCACCAAGAUGACCUCCCAAUCUCCCGAGCUGAUGGCGAAGUUAUUCAAAAUUGACAACUUGAAGCAGUGUGUGAACUUCCUGUUCCGGAUUGGAAGCCGUAUUGUGUAUGCUACGGAUCCUGGUGACACUAAGAAGUCGUUCAUCUCGUUUUGGGACGACUUGAUUCGCAAUGUUUUGAACUUCGUGCUACACGACAUCGGUAAGAGCGUCCGGAAUUCAAGUCGAUCAGCAUCAACAGGAUCAAAUCGGCCAGAUUACCUUUUCAUUGUGGACUCGGUGUGCGUGUUUUGCGGUGAGGAAAAGGCCCCUGGAGAGCAGUUGGAGACACCACGACGCGAGUUAGUUGAGAAGCUUGUUUGGAGCUACGGUGACGCACCAUAUUUGUUCGGAUACGCAGCCGUUGGCUAUGAAGCCAGAUUGUAUGUUAUCACUCGUGUGCACGAUGACGUGGACGCAAUGGAGUUGGGAGUAUUUGAUCUCAAACAUUUGGAAGGACGAUUUCGUUUGCUGCUGGCAAUUCUGAACGUCGCACGAUUGUUGCGGAGCCUUGCGAAAGCGCUAUUUCAACGAGCAAAGGACCAUAUUGAAGCGGUCUACAAGGUGUUGGAAGAGCACGCCAUCCCGAACGUUGAUCGUCUGGAUCAUGCAGACCAGAAUGCAAUGUGA